AUGUCAAAAGGUACGUCAAGUAAACGUCGACAUGGCUGCAAAACUCUGCAUGAACAAAGUGGUACGACUUCAGAUUAUAUCAGACCAUCCGCCACGGGUUCUAGUAGUUCCAGUGCAAGUCUAUGUCCUCUAAUCUUUAAUGGACCAUCAUUACCUGGUGGCGAUGUAAAUCGCUCCCCUCCGGAAAGUAUGCCUUGUGAGCCAUCCACUUCGAAUGUUUCCAAUCAGGUUGCCGCUGAAACUCCUCAUUUGAAUUCGGAAGUUUUAUUACCUGUUCUCCCAACAAUGGAUACAACUGGACCGUUGGGUAAUUUAGAUGACAACAAUCAUUGCUACGUUGGUUUAGUCAAUCAGGCAAUGACUUGUUAUCUGAAUUCGUUGAUACAAACAUUGUAUAUGACACCUGAAUUCCGAAAUGCAAUUUAUGGAUGGAAGUUCACCGGUUCUGAAGCUGCGGAAGCUAGAAGUAUCCCAUGCCAGCUGCAAAAAUUGUUUUUGCUACUACAAACCAGUGAUCGUGAAUCAUUGGAAACCAUUGAUUUGACUGCCUCUUUUGGUUGGAGCAAUUCAGAAGCUUACGAGCAGCAUGACAUCCAGGAGUUAUGUAGAAUAAUGUUUGAUGCGCUGAAGCAGAAAUGGAGCAAAGCAGACGCUAGUUUUCAAGAGCUAUACAGGGGUACCAUGGAAGAUUUUGUCAAAUGUCUUUUCUGCCAAAAGGAAAAUGUUAAGCAGGAUGAAUUUCUGGAUUUGCCAUUAGCAGUGAAGCAGUUUGGUGCCAGUGAUGCCUUCAAAAGCGUAGAAGAAGCACUUCAUGCGUUUAUCAGGCCGGAGGUGUUGGAAGGAAGCAAUCAGUAUUAUUGUGAAGGAUGCAGAAGAAAGCAGAAUGCAUUGAAAGGUUUGCGAAUAAUAAAAUUUCCGUAUUUGCUCUCAAUUCAACUCAAACGUUUUGAUUUUGAUUGCAACACACUUCAUCGCAUCAAAUUAAAUGACAAAAUGACGUUCCCGGCACUACUUAAUUUGAAUGAAUUCGUUUACGAUGCAACAAAAAGUGAACCACCAAAGAAGAUGAGUUGGGCAUCAGCAGUCUCAAUGCCAAGGAAAAAAGAUGAACCAACAACAUCAAAACCAAAUUUAUGCGAUUACGUGUCUCGUGCGGAACAGAAUGAUGGUCACUUGGACGAACAAGAAAUUGAUAUGUUACUUAAAAGAGAUGGCCCAUUUCUCUAUGAAUUAUUUUCGGUUAUGGUCCAUCAAGGAAAUGCUUCAGGAGGCCAUUAUUUUGCAUAUAUUAAGAAUAUGGAUCAGGAUAAAUGGUUUUGCUUUAAUGAUAGUAGCGUAACCUCUGCUUCAAUUGAAGACAUUCAUCGUACAUUUGGAGGAUUUUCUGGUGGCUGGUCAUCGGGAAACACGAACGCUUACAUGUUAAUGUAUAGACAGAUUGAUCGUAAGAGAAAUGCGAAAUUCGUGAGGACAGGUGAAUUGGCAGAUCAUCUUCUGGAACGCUUGAAACGAUUUGAGGAACAGGAAGAAGAGAAACUUCGGGAAAAGCAAUAUAGAGAAUCGCUUGUUUCGGUUAACGUUAUGUUUAAUGGGGCUCAUAUCAUAUCAGACGUUGCUAAUCUAACGGAAGCAAUAAAAUUCCCAUAUACGGCGAAAUUGUCCGAAAUUUACGAUACAGUUUUUCAAACAUUCUGUGCUAAGACUUCGAUUUCAGCUUCUGAUGUUCGCCUGCUAUUGUGCAAAGAUUUUACUUAUUCGAUUAUACGUUCAUUCACAGAAAGUGAAAUGCAAAAGACAUUGGAAGAAGUAUAUCCUGGAUGUUCCGUGAAAAGCUUAUACCGUCCAAUCGUAUAUUUUCUGUUAGAUGUAAAAUUGUCUGAAAUAGAACAAUUUUAUCAUAUUUAUGAGGAGGAAUCAGUUGGUACAGUAAAAUUGAUCGCUCUUAAUAUUGAAAAUGGAACCUUCCUGCCAGCAUAUCAAAUGCAAUAUCAUGAUAACGAAACAAUGAGCAUGAUAAAGCAGAAAUUGGGACAGAUUUUCAAUCUUUGUGAAAACAAGGUCCACAACUUGCGAUUAGUAGUUGACAAAGGAAUUGCUGCAUCACCGACAAUGGUGUUGCUCGAUGAUGACCGUUUUAUUUGUGCACAAGCUCUACUAAAUGUUACAAAUGUUAAGUUGUAUGUGGACGCCGGUGGGGAUGGAUAUGCAACAGAUGAAGAUCGAAAAGUUGAUUUUGAUCAAUCAAAAAUGUUCGCACUUUUGGAAAGAAGAAAUCAUGCAAAGAUAUUAAUGAUAAGCCUUCCUACACCAGAUGAUUACGUUCAUGCUGGAAUUAUUCCACCAGUUUCACAUGACACUAGUCGUUCGACAACGCCGAUAGGAAGUAUGCCUGCUGACACGAACACAACGACUUCCUCGGGAUCUUGUUCAACAGUUAUUGACUUACAUAGUAUUCUUGCUUCAGGCGUAACAGAAACACUUGCGAUGAAGCAAACAACUCCCUCAAUGGCCAGUAGUCAUUUGUCGUCGGUAAUUUCCGAGGAGGAUAAUAAUGGCCCGUGCUUGGACGGUGAUGGUGAUAUGGAUUCUGUAAGCGCGACAUGUACCCCAAUGGUAUCACCGGUUGUAUCUGAUAGCGACGAUACUGCUGAUAUUGCUAUCAGGGAUUCCGCUGUUGACCGAAUAAGCCGUUACGAACGAACAUAUGAUGCAGUUAUGGCAGCCUCAGAACAAAAACGGCUAUUUGAAAUGGAGAGUACAGUGGAAGUUGAAGCAAGUACUGCAGGCUCCUCUGGUGAUACACUUGUAGGUGGUACACACACAUACAUUUCUGGAACAACACAGUCUAGUUUUGAUGUUAUCAUUCGGAAAUCACGGAUGAAAUCACCUAAUGACGUGGAAGUAGAUGUGGACGAUCGACAACUAGUGAUUCACAUGAAACAAUGGUUGUCAUCAAUAAUCGGAGUCGAUAUGAAUGAAUUUGUUAUUCUUAAGCAUUAUAGUGCUGAAGACGCUGAUGGUUAUGAAAAUGUUAUUAAUGAAACGGAAACUAUUCAUGACGCUUACUACGCUGUUUAUAAGCUGUCAGUGAAAUUGCGUUCGCCGCUAAAAGAGAAUGAGAAAUUGAUGCGGAUUAUCAGGUUUGAUCGUGAAAAUGCUGAUCAAGAUAAGUGGCCUACAUUGUUCAGUAUUCCGGCUACUGUCGACAUGCUAAUACGUACAUUAUUGAUCCGUUGUCAGGAGCAGAUGAAGAAGGUGUAUGCUACAAAAUACGACCUUAGCCAGUUACGAUUGCGAGAAGUGAUUGUUGGUAGCGGAGCUCCAGUACUGUUUCCGAGUGACCAGCUCGGCCGACGUGGUCACGAGUGGAACAAAAAUUUGUAUUUACAAAUCCUUUCAGAUGAAGAAGUUGCGCGAGCAAAAAUGCAUACAUCAAUAUCUUAUCCUGUGAUGGUUAGACGUUGGAAAUCGUCAGUGCCAGAAGUGACAUCUUUGGUUGAACUGAUGGUUCCAGUAGAAAAACAGGAUCAGAUCGUAGCACUUAAAGAACAGAUUUCUUUUCACUAUCGUGUGCCAUUCGAUCAAAUCCAACUAUCAGAGGCAUUUCCAACAACUUCAUGGAGUAAAUGGCCAUAUACAAAAGAUAGAGUUGAUUUGUAUGAAAACGUUUGUUUCACCAAUGAUGUAGCUCCAGCUAGCGGAACAUUCAAUGGGAAGCUGAUCUACUUUAAGUUAGCUAAUGAGAAAGUGCGACAGUUAACAGAAGAGGAGAAACGUACGUUGAGAUAUAAAGACAGUGCUGGAAAACUUGGAGAUGCUACCAUCUUCCGAAGAAAGGAAAGACCGCUAAGGAUACAAUUGUCGACUAGUAUCACGGAAGACGAUUAA